GGUCACUCAUCACAAGUGUCGCAGGGGCAGAAGUUUCUCAGCUUUUUCCUGUGGAGGAGGAAACUGUUUCCCUGUGAGCUCCGGGGGGAGACGAGCUUCCACCAACAUGGCUGCUCUCUCCGCCUGGUUCUGGAACGAGAGGUUUUGGCUUCCACACAACGUGACCUGGGCGGACCUGGCGGACCCGGCGCCCGGGGUGGAGUAUCCCAAAGCCGGACACUUGUUUGCCGCCUUGCCGCUGGCUCUGGGGAUCUUCUCCGUCAGGAUCUUCUUCGAGAGAUUUAUCGCCAGCACCUGUGCCCAGAGUCUCCACAUUCAACCAGGAGUUGGAAGAAGAGCUCAGCCCAAUGCAGUGCUGGAGAAAGUUUAUACAUCCAUCACAAAGAGUCCGGACUCCAGGCAUCUGGACGGCCUCUCCAAACAGCUGGACUGGGAUGUGCGAAAGGUCCAGCGUUGGUUCCGACACCGCAGGAACCAAGACAAGCCCAGCACGCACACUAAGUUCUGUGAGAGCACGUGGAGGUUAACAUUUUAUUUAUGCAUAUUUAUCUAUGGCUUCCGGUUUUUGUUGCAGUCUCCUUGGAUGUGGGACACACGUCAUUGCUGGUACGGUUACCCCUAUCAGGUCAUGACCCCGGGUCUUUACCACUACUAUGUGACCGAGUUGGCCUUCUACUGGUCACUCAUGUUCUCGCAGUUCUCCGACAUAAAAAGGAAGGACUUCGUGAUCAUGUUCAUCCAUCACCUGGCGACCGUCGGCCUGAUCAGUUUUUCCUACGUCAACAACAUGACGCGAGUCGGGAGCCUGGUGAUGUGCGUCCAUGAUGCCUCAGACUUCUGGCUGGAGGCAGCCAAGCUGGCCAACUACGCCAAAUACCAGCGCCUGUGUGACUUCCUCUUCAUUGUGUUCAGUGUGGUUUUCUUCCUCACACGACUCGUUAUAUAUCCAAUAUGGGUCCUUAACUCCACUAUGUUUGAGAGCUGGGACAUAGUCGGGCCGUUCCCGUCCUGGUGGGUCUUCAACACCUUGCUGCUCGUGCUACAGGUGCUGCACAUUAUCUGGUCCUACCUCAUAUCCCGGAUAGCUGUGAAAGCCAUGCUGCGCGGAAAGGUGUGUAACGACGUCCGCAGUGACAUUGAGAGCAGCUCAGAAGAAGACGCUGACACGCCCACAGAGGGCCUCAAGACUUCUGCUCUCUCUCCCAAGAGAGAGAACGGCACCAACGGCCACUGUGCUGCCUCCAAAGCUCAGCCAGAGAACCACAACAGCUGGUGACACAGAGCCUGGACCCUGGCGCCCCCUGCAGUUUAAACCUUCACACAGCUCCCGAGCAUCGUUGGUCUUGUGACCAUGUGUCUGUCGUGCAAGCUUCACUCUCACAUCUGAGCCACAGGGAGUGUUCGACCACACAUUACACCGACAGUAAUUGUGCGCUGAUUCACACGUUGGUGAACUGGAUAGACGCUGUAACGUUGUCUUUGAACAGCACAACUACAGAGGUGAAAAGAUAUGGUAAACUGUCGGAGCAAAUGAUUUGGCCGUUGAACCACAGGAUUUGUCUUGCGUCAUGUUUGGCUGCAGAUGUUCGUCGGUGUCGAGGUUCUCGCCCAGUUUUAUUGGUCAGAUGAACUGGAUUACUUUUGUUUCUGAUGGUUAAUUUACAGUGUAACACAAAGGACAGAAAACUCCUGCUGGGGUUGGCUUUGACCUUUUUAAGGAUUUUGCACUUCUCUUCCCAGAUUUAACAAGUCACAGCGAUUUUUAUACAUGGAAUAUCUGCUUUAUGUGACCAAAAGUGCAACACACUUCAAACUGUGACCGUCUCUGCCCUUCGAUGGUGUUUGUGCUUUUACCCUUUACCCACAAUGUUUGGCCACUUUGUGACUCUCUGUUUUGUUCUGUUUUACAGUUUUUUAACUUCUGUUGAGACCAAAUGUUUAUGAAAUUAUUUGAUGUUACUGCCGAUAGAAGCAUCCAGGUAUGGAGGACCAAAGUGUCUGUUCUCACCGAGUGCCUUGUAAAAAUUUUUUUUUCCACAUAUAUUUAGUUGUUGAAAGACAACCAUCUUAAAUCGCAGUUCUGUCUAGAAACACUGUUACACUGUGUGGUUAAAGGCAUUUUAUUUAAUACAAUACAAACCAUUACAGCCAUCUUCACCUCUGACACGCUCAUAACAAGGAUGUUAAUGUUGUUGGUUCAUUUUUCUAGGUGAAGUUUUCAUGAACAAAUCAAUCCUUCUUGCGAGGACACAAUAACCUCACAAACAUCCCGAUAAGAAUAAUCAUCUUUCUGAUUUUAGCGAUGGACAAAUAAAGAGGAGGAAUGGGGGGGAAAUGUCCACAUUAGUGCAGAGAGGAGAUCAGUCCAUCUGACAUCAGUCUUUGAGGAUUUCCGGAUCCUGGUUUUCUGCUGCCAGUUUCAGCUGGUUCUGCUUCUGCACGAAGCGGUACCCUCGCAUGACACACAUGUAUCCUCCGUACACCGUCAGCAGCAUCAUGGAGCCGGUGAAGGCCCGAUAGCCCAGGUCCGCCAGACGCUUCCCAGUAACCAUGGUGGGGAACCUGAAGGGACCAGGAGCGUGAUGUCAGAGCAGCAAAGACACAAGUUGUUUUACCCAAGUUAUUUAUUGUUGGCUGAUUUUAAAAGCUGGGAUUUUGCAGCACCAUUUAUAAUGUGUUCACUGUCAUGAGUUGUAUUAAACAAAAUACAUGUUGA